AUGGACGAACUGAGACCAAACUUGGUGGGCGGAUUACUAGGCCUGCAGCAGGGUCUCUUGGAAGAUCAUGGAAUAUCACAUGGUAAUUUGCAACAUGGUGGACAGGAUUCAAAAUUUAUGUCAUUUCAAGACAAUCGACUAAUGGGCAUUGCAUCCUCACAUGAAAAUCGAUUGCUUGGACUAGCUUCAUCUGUACAAGACACCCGUUCUUCCAUAUCGUCACUGGAUAAAUCAUCAUCUGUCAAUCAAAGGAAAUGCAGUAGCACACCGGAAGAUUUCAGCUCUUUAUACACUGGUCUGCCAACACCUGGCAUGGAAUCAUCCCAUCAUCACACGCCGGCACACACACCCCCUACACGAUUGUCUGACCACUCAUUGUCUGAAGGAGCAUUUAAGAAACUCAAACCCGAACCAAAUAGUGGACUUUCAUCCGUAUCCGGUGGUGUUACAUCACCCGGAAGUGGAGUCUCGUCAUUAAGUCAACAUGCAGGCCAUACCCCCACCACAGCAUCCUGUCCGACACCGGCGAGACGAAGGCAUAGGACUACAUUUACACAGGAACAAUUAGCUGAAUUAGAGGCCGCCUUUGCUAAAUCUCAUUAUCCUGAUAUUUAUUGUAGAGAAGAAUUAGCACGAACAACGAAACUAAAUGAGGCUCGAAUACAAGUUUGGUUUCAAAAUCGCCGUGCAAAAUAUCGAAAACAGGAAAAACAAUUACAAAAAGCGUUAGCACCAUCUGUGAUCCCUUCAUGCAAUGGUAUGAUGAGAAACAUCCAAGGAUAUAGCGUUUCUAGAGGCUAUCAACCCUAUCCGCAUCAUAACUCAAUAAAUCGUUACCCGCAGGACUUAUUUCAAAUGGGCGCAACAUCAUAUCCUGGCAUGUCACAACCAUUUUCAAUGACGCACGGUACAAAUAUGAGUUCAGUUGGUGUCCGACAGGAUUCAAUGGGUAUGUCUGCCGAGGACGAAUGGUAUAAUAAAAGUUUAUCAGCCCUACGAAUGAAUAGCUCACACCAUCCAAACUUAUCAGCACCGAUGUUACAAUACCAAACAUAAUCCAGAACCUUUGAUGAUUUCUUCUAAAAUUAUUUUAAUUAUUUAGGACUUCAUAAAUUAAAUUAUUUUUGUUGUUA